AUGGUUGUGUACUCGUUCUACAUCUUCGACCGCCAUGCGGAGUGCAUAUACAAACGGCGCUGGUCCCCUCGACCUGCCUCGAUUGCUGGCAAAUCCUCGCGACCUACAUCCGAUACUCUCACGGUGGCCAACGGCCUUGCCCCCGUUCCCGGUCCACCAACACGAUCAACUGACGACGAUGCGAAACUGAUCUUCGGAACCGUGUUCUCGCUCCGAAAUAUGGUGCGAAAACUGGGAGGAGAGGACGACAACUUCGUGACGUAUCGCACCAGCCAGUACAAACUGCACUACUACGAGACCCCGACGAACAUCAAAUUCGUGAUGCUUACGGACGUCAAGAGCCCAAGUAUGCGCGUUGCGUUGCAGCAGAUCUAUAUAAACCUCUAUGUGGAAUAUGUCGUUAAGAACCCGCUAUCGCCUACGGAGCACCCUGGUGGUCUUGGUGUGAAUAAUGAGCUUUUUGAGCAGUCCCUGGAACAGUUUGUGACACGGGUACUUGCUUAA